AUGAUUGGGCUGCCUCUCCUGCUACUGCUGCUCUUCUGGCUCCUGCCUCCAGCUCAUGCUAAGCAGAUGCCAAAGAUAGGUGUGUUGCCAAACACUUUCCAGAUUCAGCAAGAAUAUUACAGGCCCGGUGAUCUCAUUAUUGGUGGGAAUUUUCUCCUGUCAAGCAUUCCUUAUUUCAAGGACCCAGACUUUAAAACCGACCCAUCCAAGAUUCCUUCUUCACUGUUGCCCAUCCCCAAGAACUACCAGCAGUUCCUGACCUUGAAGUUUGCAGUCUCAGAGGUGAACAGGAAUGGGGAUCUUCUCCCCAACAUCACCCUUGGCUUCCACAUCUAUGACAAUCAUCAGACUGAGAGGAAUAGUUCUUUAAUCAGCCUCUCCUUGCUCUCCACUCAUGGUCAAAUGGUCCCAGGCUAUAAAUGUGGCAUGAAGAACCCUCUGCUCUCUGUCAUUGGAAGUGGAAACCCAAAAUCCUCAAGGCAGAUGGCCUCCAUCUUCAGCAUCUUCAAGGUGCCACAGCUUCUUGAUUAUUUGAAGAAGGUCCAGUUCAACAACAGUGCUGGAGAUGAAAUCUCUUUCUCAGAAGAUGGACUGGGAUCUGCUGGUUAUGAUCUUCUCAACUGGGUUCUCCUCCCCAAUCGAUCUUUUGUCCCUGUGAAAAUUGGACAGAUAAAUCCCGGAGAGAGGAGAAGAGUUCCAGAGGGUGAGGAGGUUUGCUGCUACCAAUGUGACCCUUGUCCAGAAGGAACCAUUUCUAAUCAGACAGAUGCAGCCCACUGUGAUCCCUGCCCAGAAGACCAAUAUCCCAACAAGGGCAAGGACCACUGCACUGCCAAGAAGAUCCACUUCCUUUCCUAUCAAGAGACCCUGGGAUACACUUUAGCAUGUCUUGCUCUUUUUCUCUCUUUAAUCACAUCUGCAAUCCUAGUGGUUUUUCUUAAGCAUCGUGAGACACCAAUAGUCAAGGCCAACAACCGAGAUCUCACCUACAUCCUCCUGGUCUCCCUCCUGCUCUGCUUCCUCUGCUCCUUCCUUUUCAUUGGUCGACCUAGGAAGCUCACCUGUCUCUUCCGACAAAUGGCCUUUGCCAUUCUAUUUUCUCUUGCAGUAUCCUCUGUGUUGGCAAAAACUGUCAUGGUAGUUCUGGCCUUCAUGGCAUCCAAGCCAGGGAACAAGUCAAGGAAACUCUUAGGAAAACCACUGACCAACUCCACUGUCUUAGCCUGUCCCCUGGUCCAAACACUUCUUUGUGCCACUUGGCUGAUAACUUCUCCCCCAUUUCCUAACUUGGAUUUCCACUCCUUGGUAGGAGAGGCCAUCUUGGAAUGUAAUGAAGGCUCAACUUCAAUGUUUUAUGCUGUCCUGGCCUACCUGGGUUUCCUGGCCCUCAUCAGUUUCACAGUGGCCUUUCUGGCUAGGAAAUUGCCUGACAGCUUUAACGAAGCCAAGUUCAUUACUUUUAGCAUGCUGGUCUUUUGCAGUGUUUGGAUCUCCUUCCUCCCUACCUAUCUGAGCACCAAAGGGAAGUCCAUGGUGGCUGUGGAGAUCUUCUCCAUCUUGACUUCUGCAGCUGGUCUCUUGGCUUGUAUCUUUUUCCCCAAAUGCUACAUUAUCCUACUUAGGCCCAAUCUUAACUGUAGAGAAAAUAUGAUAAGAAACAAGAAUGUCUAAUGCUGGUACUGCUGGAACUCAUGAGAUGAAGGAGGCAUUUUUCCAUUAAUAAUUGGCUAUUAAGUGUGUCACUGGUCACAAUAUAUCUGGUGUCAUCAACAUUAAUACAGUGUUUUAUUUUCCAUUCAUUCCAUUUAUCCCCAGUGAGGUCCAGUUCUUGAAUGGAAAUAAAACUUGCUAUUAAAAUUGUGUUUGU